UAAGCAUACAUCGCAGUCCGUAUGUCCGUACGGUGCGUAUGGUCGUGACCGGCUCUGGGGCCCACCCAGCCUCCUAUCCCUCCUAUCCAAUACGUGCCGGGGUCUCUUUCCCUGGGGGUAUGGCGACAGGGACGUGAAGCUAACCACUCACUUCCAACUAGAAACAAACGCACAUCGAAUGCAUUUUCAUGCGACAAGUUGUGCCUAUGCAACUCUGGCUGUAACAUGUGACACCCUGAUUACAGCGACCUCUCUGAAAAUAAAACCAUUAAUAUCGGCGUUCUCUGUCGUCCUCUAUUUCUCUAUGUCAAAGAAAUCUAAUGCCGCCUAAUGCUGUGUAUCCUGUGUAUUCUAUGGUGGAGAGCGGUUGUGAGUGGCUCUGUGAAUAUGUGUAUCGUGUGUCGCCCAGCGGUGUUCGAGAAGUAUAUGUUAUGACGGUGAGGUAUGCUACUGUAAUGUUUGAACAUACGGAAUUGUAAUUAUGCAGGUAGUGCUUCUGUAUAGUUAAAAGAAGUGAACGGCUUAUGGGCAUGGUUUUUGGUUAGCAUUGUUUUGGAAGGAUGAAAUAAAGUAAUGAGUAGAAUGGCAACGACCGAAGAAAAGGAGCUUGAACUUAUAAGACAGUUUAAACUUUACAUGAGUGACCCUGAAAAUGUAAUAUUGGCAGCAAACAGUGUGUUUGAAAAACUUGUUGAUGAUGUAAUUCUAGGAGUUGUUUUUGAAGUUCAUUAUGCAGCUAAAGCAGGCUUAUUUGACUUAGAAGAUGGUGCUCAAGAAGAAAAAACAAACUGUGAAAUAAUGGAUGGUAGUGAUGUAGAUAUAUUUGGUCAGCAACCAAUUAAGAAAGCACAAGAAUGCAUUUGUUACUGUCCUACAUGUAAACAUAGCUUAGCUGCUUCUCGUUUUGCCCCCCAUUUAGCAAAAUGUAUGGGGAUGGGGCGAAACAGUUCAAGAAUUGCUAGCCGCAGAAUUGCAAACAACAGCAAGGAAAGUGUAGCAUAUAGUGGAAUGAUGAGUGAUGAUGAGGAUGAUGCAGACUGGACUGCAACUCCAGAUCGGCGGCGAAAGAAACGAGAGCGGAAUGGAUCACGACGCUCAAAGAAUCAGAAAACAGUACGCAAUGGUGAUGUGACUGUGGAGAGUAAUGUUAGUACUGAAGUCAGCUCAUCUAGUAUAAACCCUUCGAACAUGAAUUAUGAUGGUAUGACAUAUGAGGAAAAGAAAAGUCUUCUAAUGCAGAUCUGUGGUGUCAUCUCUGAACAUACAAGAAGGCUGUGUACACGCUCCAUGAGAUGCCCACAGCAUUCAGAUGAGCAGCGACGUGCUGUGAGGGCUUCACUCCUUGGCUCUCAGCUAUCUGAAGCCAGUGCAACAUCUGAUAUAAUACAGGUUGAUGUGGACACGUAUGAAGAAGGUGAUGGUCAGAGCAUGCGAGAAUCAUUAGGUCGUAGUUGGGAGCAAGAACAUUCAAAUACAUCAUCACCAGCUGAUUCUGCUUCCACAAGUUCAUCAUCAUCCAAGAAGAGAGAGAAACUUCCAAAAUCCAAAAGCAAAAACUCUUCUAAGAACCACAAAAGCUCACCAAACUUUCCAAAUAAUAAUCAUCAUUCACAAGGAGAUUAAUGUUAAGUCAUCUUAGGCUUAUAAACACAUUUGUUUCAAUUUAGUUAUAAUUUUCAGUACAGCAGCCAUAGACUGAAAGUCAUAUUUGUUUAUAAUCUGUUGUUUUAAUUUAUGCUUUAGGAGAUACAUAAAUUUAUGAAUGUCUCUUAUUGUUCGAUGUAGACCUGUAUAAAGUGAUGUUGAGACAGAAUUCAAAUAUUUAUGUUGAAUCAUCAUUACAAUAGUAUGUUUUCUAAAAGUAAUUACUCUGCCAUGUAGAUGGGUCAUUGUUCGUAAAUUGAAGUGAAUUGCUAACUCGUUUUCUUUAAGAAUAGUGUUGUGAAGUCUAUUUGCUCAGUGGGUUAAUAUAACCUCUCCUAAUUAAUGAUGCAUGCUCAGCCUUGGAGUCUUAAAGAAGUCUGAGAAGAGCUCAUGUUGAUAGUUUUAUUGUCAUAAUUAUGAUAUAUUAUGCACCUAAAAUUUAUGUUCUAAUUUUCUGAGAUAUAAUGCUUUGUAGUCCAUUGAAAGUCAGCUGACAUUUUGGAGGAACAUAUUGUUCCUCUGAAACAUUGGUUGACUUAAUGUGUUACAGUGCUAUACCCAAGAAGAUAUAAUUUUUCAUAAUAACCGUUGUGAGGACCUGAAAUCUUGCAAAUCUUACUCUGUCAAAGAAUAUACAGUAAAACUUGGUUAUAGCAACAUCGGUUUCUGCGACACCUUGUCUAUUGCGUCAAAUAUUCAAUG